GAAAGCACACAUAGGAAGUUGAAGUUGGAACUUGGAAAAGCAAAAGGAGUAAAUACGCGCAUAUGGCACCAAGCAAGAUGAAUUCUCCUACAUUGGCACCCAAAAGGUUCUGGAAGCAACAGAUGGCCGCAUUUGGCAUUAGGCGAAGAAUUGCGAGGAGGAGAGUAAAGCUAAGCCUCAUAAAGUUGAAGGAAAAUAUGGUCGAGAUUCGUAAGGAGCAGCAAUGCAUCAAGGAGGAGCAAAGUAAAGUGCGACAAAAGUUCAAGAUAAUUGAAUCCCAAUGUGACAUCCUCAGGAAGGAAAUGGAGCUGAUUUCCCAGAAGAGUGCCACGACAAGACUUCACCUUGCCCUUGUCUUUCAAAUCCUCAAGGCUAGAGAAGACAAUGAUUUCAACAAAGCUAAUGACCUUACUCGCACUCUCCGUGAGUUGAUUGCGAAGCAGAACAAUACAAACUGAUCAAUACGUGGAUAUGUUACAUAUGUAGUAGUACUGUUUUUAUGAAAUAUUCAUGAGAUGAAAUCUGUAUGCUGUUUGAUUAGUUAGCCUUCUGAUAUGCAUACGUUUAUGAGUUAAUGUAAUUAGUUACUUCAGUAUUGAUUUGUACCAAGAAAAUGCAAACUAGUUGAAUAAUU